UAGGCAAGGCAGAUGGAAAGAUGCAAUUCGGUUUGAGCUGAUAUCUGAUGGGAGUAGUGGACAGGGAGGGAAUGCUAACUCGACCCAGAGCACUCAGGAUGGAGAAACUGAUUCAGCUGGUUUACGAACUCCUGGAUUAAAAAUUAUAUACUGGUUGGAUUUUGAUAAAAACUCAGGCGCAUCUGGCACAGGAACAUGCCCAUACAUGAAAAUUGAACCUGGUCCAGAUUUGCAGAUAAAGUGCCUCCAUAGCACAUUUGUGAUUGAUCCUCGAACUGGCAGGGAGGCUGAAUUUUCCCUUAACCAAAGUUGCAUUGAUGUGGAAAUGUUGUUGCUUAGAGCUAUUUAUUGUAAUAAAUAUACUCGCCUGCUCGAGAUAUGUAAGGAACUGGAGAAGAAUGACCAGAUAUGGCGAGCUCGAGGAGACGUCCAACUUCAAUUCUAUACAGAUGAAUGUGAUGCUGACAACAAAAAGAAGGAUAAUACAUUCAGUUUUCAGAAGUAUGAAGGCGGGGAAGUUCUCUGUGUGCGUGCCUAUGGUUCAUCAUUUUUCACUCUUGGAAUAAACAUAAGGAAUGGUCACUUCCUUCUUCACUCAUCCAAAAAUAUUAUAUCAUCGUCAGUGCUGCUAGAGUGUGAAGAAGCUUUGAACCAGGGAAGCAUGACUGCAACAAAAACUUUCAUUAACUUGCGGAGCAGUGCUAUUUUGCACUUGUUUGCUUGCAUAGGCAGGUUCUUAGGCCUUGAGGUAUUUGAACAUGGUUUUACUCCAGUGAAGGUGCCAAAGAACAUUUCGGAUGGUUCAAAUUCAUUAAUCUUGGGAUUCCCUGAAUGUGGGAGCUCUUACUUUUUGCUGAUGCAACUCGACAAGGAAUUCAAACCACUUCUCAAGUUAAUAGAAGCUCAGGCAGAUUCCACAGGGAAAGGUCAACCUUUUGAAAACAUGAAUAAUGUAAUUCGAGUAAAUAAUGUCGAUAUUAGUCAGAUGAACAUGUGUGAAGACGAGCUCAAUUUGAGUCUUCUUGAUCACAGAAAGAUCCUUACUAUCCUUAGUGAUGUUGACGGUUGUCGAAUUUCUGAGUGUGGUCCCUCUGACUCCAGCAAUGAGAAUUUCACGCUUCGAUCUAAUGUGCCAUUAAGUUUUUCCUCCAUUGUUGAUGAGGUGUUUGAGCUUGAGAAAGGGUCAAAUGCCCCUUCUUUUUCUGGGCAUGGUUCCUUUUCAAAUUUUGGCACAUCUUUCACGUCUCAUUUUGGCUUGGGUCUUACAAACCUUCGAACUUCUUUGGUAAGCUUGAAUUCCAAUGAGCCUAGAAGCUUGCCUACUGAGGCUGUAUCUGGCAGUUUUAGAGUUUCGGAUGCCAGCUCACUGGCUGCCACUCCCGUAUCACUUGAUUCUGCUAAUCUUGUGAACUCAAAGCAAGAUGCCAUUCCAAAACAUGAUAGGACGCCACGGAAACGUACAUUAUCAGAUAUGUUAAAAUCUCUUCCGUCGCUUUAUCAUCUGGAUGUCAAUGAAGGAGCUAAAAAGAGAAGGAAAAUCAUGGAAACUGCUCAUGCUCAGUUGCCGCCAUUGCAGAUGCUCAUUUCGUCUGACAUUUCUAUUAAAACUGAAAAACAUAGUUAUGGGAAUCUGAUAACUGAAGCGAACAAAGGCAAUGCACCCUCUAGUAUAUAUGUGUCUGCUCUGCUUCAUGUAGUCAGGCAUUGCUCACUAUGCAUCAAACAUGCUCGACUUACUAGUCAGAUGGAUGCACUCGACAUUCCAUAUGUUGAAGAGGUGGGUCUUAGAAGUGCAUCCUCAAACUUAUGGUUCCGACUUCCUUUUGCCAGUGGUGAUACAUGGCAAUACAUAUGUUUGCGGUUGGGGAGACCUGGAAGCUUGUAUUGGGAUGUCAAAAUCAUCGAUCCACACUUUAAAGACUUGUGGGAGCUUCAGAAGGGUGGCAAUAAUACUGCUUGGGGUUCUGGUGUUCGCAUUGCUAAUACAUCUGAUGUGGAUUCCCAUAUUCGUUAUGAUUCAGAAGGUGUUGUGUUAAGUUACAAUCAUGUGGAGGCUGAUAGUAUUAAGAAGUUAGUGGCAGAUAUCCAAAGGCUUUCAAAUGCUAGAAUGUUUGCCCUUGGAAUGAGAAAACUACUUGGUGCCAGGACUGAUGAGAAAUUGGAAGAGAGCACUGUAAGCCCUGACAACAAGCCUUCUGCUGGAGCCAAAUCUGUCAACGAGACACCUGAAAAAUUUUCAGAACAGAUGAGAAGGGUAUUUAGAAUCGAAGCAGUUGGAUUGAUGAGUUUGUGGUUUAGCUUUGGUUCAGGGGUCCUUGCUCGCUUUGUUAUCGAAUGGGAAGCUGGUAAAGAGGGUUGUACAAUGCAUGUUUCGCCAGAUCAGCUUUGGCCGCAUACAAAGUUUCUGGAAGAUUUUAUCAACGGGGCUGAAGUUGCAUCCCUUUUGGACUGCAUUCGACUUACUGCUGGACCCUUGCAUGCUCUUGCUGCUGCUACACGGCCUGCACGAGCUGCUCCUGUUUCUGGGGUUCCUGGUGUUGCUGCAUCUUUUUCUUCUACUUUGAAGCAGAGUGGGUACCUGCCGUCUCAGGGUCAUCUGCCAAGCAAUUGUAACACAAAUACAAGUCAAGCUUCCUCUGGUUCUGCAGGUAAUCCUGGUGGACCUACCCCGUCUGGUCCUGUUGGGAGUCACAACCACCCUACUGCUUCAAUGUUGGCAGCAGCCGCUGCAGCUGCUGCUGCUGGAAGAGGUGGUUCUGGCAUUGUUCCAAGUUCUCUGUUGCCUAUUGACGUUUCUGUAGUACUUCGCGGCCCAUACUGGAUUCGGAUAAUAUACCGCAAAAACUUUGCUGUAGACAUGCGGUGUUAUGCAGGAGAUCAAGUCUGGUUGCAACCAGCAACCCCACCGAGAGGGGGUCCAUCAGUUGGAGGAUCACUGCCAUGUCCACAGUUUCGACCUUUUAUUAUGGAGCAUGUAGCUCAGGAACUGAAUGGCAUAGAUUCUAAUUUUCCAGGGGCUCAACAAGCACUUGGACUCACAAAUUUAAGUAAUCCCAAUCCAAGUACAGGUCCACAGCUGUCAGCUGCCAAUGGAAAUAGAACGAACCUCUCAAAUUCUGCUGCUGCAAUCUCUCGUCAAGGAAAUGCAAUAUCUGGACUCAACCGCAUAGCAAAUGCUCUUCCAGGACCUACAAAUCUGGCUGCGGUGAAUCCAUUACGUAGAUCACCUGGCUCUGGUGUCCCUGCCCAUGUUAGAGGGGAGUUAAAUACUGCUAUAAUUGGACUUGGGGAUGAUGGAGGUUAUGGUGGCGGAUGGGUCCCUGUUGUGGCUCUUAAAAAAGUCCUUCGAGGUAUUCUCAAGUAUCUUGGAGUACUCUGGCUGUUUGCACAGUUACCAGACCUAUUGAGAGAGAUCUUGGGGUCAAUUCUGAAAGAUAAUGAAGGUGCACUACUGAACUUGGAUCAGGAGCAGCCGGCCUUGCGCUUCUUUGUCGGGGGCUACGUCUUUGCUGUUAGUGUUCACAGAGUUCAACUUCUUCUCCAAGUCCUUAGCGUAAAAAGGUUUCAUCAUUCACAACAACAGCAACAAAAUGCAGCUGCUGCCCAAGAGGAAUUAACUCAGUCUGAAAUAGGCGAGAUAUGUGACUACUUUAGUCGUCGGGUUGCAUCAGAGCCUUACGAUGCUUCUCGUGUUGCUUCCUUUAUUACGCUUUUGACUCUACCAAUUUCAGUUUUAAGGGAAUUUUUAAAACUUAUUGCAUGGAAGAAAGGAUUGGCUCAAGUGCAAGGUGGUGAUAUAGUUCCUGCACAGAAAUCCCGCAUUGAACUUUGUCUUGAGAAUCAUGUUGGAUUUAAUGUGGAUGGGAACUCUGAAAAUUCAUCUACGUCCAAAAGCAAUAUUCAUUACGACCGGGCUCAUAACUCGGUCGAUUUUGCAUUGACAGUUGUUCUUGAUCCUGCACACAUACCACCCAUAAAUGCUGCUGGUGGUGCUGCUUGGUUGCCAUACUGCGUCUCAGUGAGAUUGAGAUACUCAUUUGGUGAAAAUCCUAAUGUAUCUUUUGUUGGAAUGGAGGGGAGCCAUGGUGGCCGUGCGUGCUGGACGCGAAUCGAGGAAUGGGAUAAAUGUAAACAGAGGGUAGGCCGAACUGUUGAAGUGAAUGGAUCUUCUGGUGGGGAUGCUAAUCAGGGAAGGUUGAGGGUUAUUGCUGAUAGUGUACAAAGAACACUGCACGCAAGCCUUCAAGGGCUAAGAGAUGGCAUUGGGAUGACUUCGUGACUGAUGAAAAAAAUGACAACACAUUACUGCUGAUUAUUACUGUCUCAACCUAGUAGAUGGUGCAUUAGUGUCUUAAUCAAAGAAGCCAGCUUGUUUUCUCUUGAAUCAACAAUUACAUUGCUUGCAAUGCUGCUUACUUUUGCAGGACCUGGAGAACCAAGAAAAAUUUAGAAUUGACAAAUGCUGACACAAGCUGCUGGGUUGUAUAUAUAGUUUGGUUUAUUUGCUGGUGGGCUAACCCAGACUUAGAGUCAGGUUGUGGUUAUCCCUUUGUACAGUUAAUUUAUCUUCUGUAUAAAUUUGUUUCCUUUUACAACUUUGUAUUGAACUAGCAAGUAAACUGGUUCCAAUCCUUGUUGAAGAAACUCAAAAGUAGUCCAUAUUCAGAUAGUAACCUAAGUAGACGACUAUGUUUGUUUUCAUUCUAUUCUAGAAGGGGACAUGGUUCAAAUAGUUGAAUCGAGUCUGAUAAUUUUGCUGUCAAAUUUUGUAAUUAGGGCCAUGCAAUUUAUACGUCUCUUGGAUA